UCUCCGUGACUAACGAGUUAUUGCGUUCGCCGUUCGCCCAGAUAUCGCCAACCUCGCCGCCGCCGCUAUCGUCCAGCCGGAGGACCCCGAGAACCACAGCGGGAGGGGACAGUGAGCCCGGGAUGCGGAGUCCGUAGUUAUAAGGGCAGCAUUUCUUGUCCCGGCCUGCUUCUGCGUCUCGUCGAUGGCUUGUCGCCUGGAGAAAUACCUUCGAAGACGCUUUAACUAGACCAACCCGACUAUCAUGGGCGAGAUAUCUUCGCUGGCCACGAAGAGAUGCCACAGCUUCACACUCUACCAGGGCACAUUCAUCCAGCUCCCACGCGAACCGACGGCGCCGGCAUCCUCGAGAACUGCUCCCGUAUACGAAUUACAGGUCAACGAUGGCGUUGUCUGGGUCGAUAACUCGGACGGACGCAUCGCGGGGUUCGACUGGGCCGUCAGGGGCCAGGAGGAACUAGACAAGCUGGCAGCCAGCAUGGGGUGGAAGCUGGCAUACAACGAUAACGAGGUCGAGAGCACCCAGGCCACGGUCGUCAGGGUUGUACGGUCCAGGGCAGAGAAGAAUGGUUUCUUCUUCCCUGGCUUCAUCGGUAAGGGGAUGCCUGCUGCCAGUCAACUAUACAUGUUUGUGCAACGACCGAAAGCUAACCGGGUUGAACAGACACGCAUAUUCAUGCGCCUCAAUACCCGAACUCCGGAAUCUUCGGGUCAACGACUCUGCUUGACUGGCUGAACAAGUACACAUUCCCCAUGGAGGCGUCGUUCGGUGAUAAACACACCCCCGACACACCUACCAGGAGAGCCUACACCGUGUACAACGCCGUCGUGGCCCGCACGCUGUCCCACGGCACCACCAGCGCUGCAUACUAUGCAACCGUCCAUGUCCCUGCUACCAACCUGCUGGCCUCGGUCUGCCAUUCAAGGGGCCAGAGAGCGUUCAUUGGCCGAGUCUGCAUGGAUAAUCCCGACACAUGCCCUGACUUCUACCGGGACGAAUCAACAACUGCCAUGGUGGACGCAACCAAGGCGUCCAUAGCCUAUAUCCACCGUCUAGACCCGUCAGGUACGCUGAUCAAGCCCAUCAUCACUCCCCGGUUUGCCAUCUCCUGCACCAGUGAAGGACUUGCUCAACUAGGCGAGCUUGCUGCCUCAACCAGCCCGCCGACCCACAUCCAAACACACAUCUCCGAAAACGACGAUGAGAUUCAGACAGUCAAGGCGUUAUUCCCAGACUGCUCGACAUAUGCUGAAGUAUACGACCGAGCGAAACUGAUUACUCCCCGUACCGUUCUGGCGCACGGAGUACAUCUGCAGCCAUCCGAACGAGUAUUGAUCCGCGAGAGGUGUGCCGGAAUAUCGCACUGUCCCACGUCAAACUCCUCCCUGAGCUCCGGCAUGUGUCCUGUCCGCGUCCUGCUUGACGAUGGUCUCAAUGUUGGUCUCGGCACCGAUGUCAGCGGAGGGUACAGCCCAAGUAUCCUCGAGACAGCCAGACAAGCAUCCCUCGUCUCCAGGCUAGUAGCAUGCCAUUGCUCCAAGGAGGAUGGGAACCGUAACAAGCUCAGUGUCGAGGAAGCGCUGUAUCUAGCCACCAGGGGCGGAGCCAAGGUGUUUAAUAUGCAGGACGAAAUCGGCGGGUUUGAAAAGGGGAUGUUCUGGGACGCACAAAUGAUCGAGCUUGGGGACAGCAUUGAAAGUGACACUGACAGCAUAGUUACCCCUGAGCAGCUGGAUUUGCAACACUCUGGGAAAGUGUGCGUAUUUGGAUGGGAGAGCUGGGAAGAGCGAAUUGCCAAAUGGAUGUGGACAGGCGAUGAUAGGAAUGUCAAGGCUGUCUGGGUUGGAGGACGGCUGGUCCAUGGAAGCACUUAGGUAGGGUACUAUUUGGAUGUAUAUUUUGCUAUAUUGCUUUAUAUAAUGACAUUGGAAUAUAAACUACGGGAGGCAUGUUUAACUUGUAAUAAGGCUUUAUUGAAAUAUCCAGGGAAGUGACAGUAAAUAGUACCAGCUUAUUCUUCAUUUUGAAUGCAGAGUAAACACAACUCGACUCCAAGGCCAAUCGAUAUCUUAUGCUAAAAGA